AUGCCCUGCUUCUCCCUCGACCGCAGCAACUCUGAAGACACCGAGCCCGAGGGGAGUCCCAGACCGUCCGUCCAUACGAGGCACUCGGGCGACUUCAGCCCGGUCGACGCCCUCCGACACUUCGAAUACCCCGGCAUCCCCCUUCCUCCCUCUGCCCGCGUCGGAGAUCCCAAAGCCAAGCAGCGGGAGAACGAGCCCAUCAGGCUCUGGCACCUCUGGAAGUACGGAACCUUCGCGGCAGUCAAGGCGACCACACUAGCGGCCGAUGUCUCCUGGGGGCUCGAGAUGACGCUGCUCACGAGCAUGAUGCGCGACGUCAGCCGGUACUCCCACUUGACCGACAUUGUCACCAUCCGCAUGCUCAUGAGCAUCGGCGGCCUUGUCCCUGUCCCCUCAGAUGCGCUCGUCACCCCCGUCUCCUUUCCAGUGCGCACACGUGCGUUGCGCGGGAUCCUCGCCGACUUCGAUGCUGCCGAGAAUGGAAAACGGGAGCUCUCAGGGGAAUGGGUCGUCGGCCGGCACACUUGGCGCAGGCUGCAGGCCGAGUGGCGCGCUCGCAAGGAGGGCAAGCCGCCGGGCACCGUCCCCGGAAAGGGCAAGAAGAAGGAGCGGGUCGUGUUGUUCUUGCACGGCGGAGCGUACUACAUGUUCAGCGCCGCGACGCACCGCCUGAUCACCAUCCCCCUCGCGAAACACCUUGAUGCGCGAGUUUUUUCCCUCGACUACCGCUUGGCGCCCGAGACCCGCUUCCCCGGCCCGCUGCACGACGCUGUCUCGGCAUAUUUCAGACUGGUCAAUGACCUUCACGUUCCCCCGGAGAACAUUGUCAUCGCCGGCGACAGCGCUGGCGGUGGCCUCACUCUCGCUCUGUUAAUGUAUCUCCGCGACAACAAGUACCCUCUCCCGUCUGGCGCGAUACUCAUGUCUCCGUGGGUUGACCUCACAAUGAGCUGCGAAUCAUGGGAAGGCAACGCACAGUUCGACAUUGUGCCCAUGCCCCAACCUGGAGAUCACAUGAACCCGAUAAUGUGCUACCUUGGAGAACACGUCGAAAAGUAUCUCACCCACCCGUAUGCGAGUCCGUUAUUUGGCGAUUUUAAGGGCCUUCCACCCUUGCUUAUCCAAGCCGGAGAAGUUGAAGUACUGCGCGAUGAGAUUACCCUUUUAGCACACAAAGCAUCACGGGCCGGUGUGGAGGUGCGACAUGAGCUGUACGAGGAUAUGGUCCACGUCUUCCAGUCUUUUCCAUUCCUCCAAGCUGCACGCCACGCCUUCAGCUCGUGCCAUGACUUCGUUUGGAACUUCCUGCCCCAACACCAGAGUCAUACCCCGCAGUACUUCGAGCCGAGCGCCGAGAAACAACUGGAGGACGAGAUCGACUCGAAUGCCACCCGUGUUGUCCGGGGCGACGGCACCGAAACUGAUGCGAGCCCAGAAGUUAUUACCCAAGACCGCGAUCCGCGGCGUGGACGGUCUUAUCGCCGGCUGCGGCAGCCCGAAUCACGUUCGCCCACCCCUGGGGAAGAACCCAGCUGGGGCUCCAUGUACCUCUCCUCCGACAGCGAGGAAGAACGCGACUUUGGCGAACGUGUCAUCCGGGUUCAGCCUAAGGAGUACACACCGCCGUCGCCGACAUCCCCUUCUGAGUCGCAACCGCCGCUGCUCAUGAGGGUGUCCUCCUUCUCCCGGCUGCGAGCGACCUUCAACGUCAUCACCGGCGCCGCCAACGCCUCCGCGUCUACGACGCUGAACCUCCCCACGCCAUGUCCCUCGCACCCCUCCGCACCGUCGUCCCCCAUGCGCAGGCGACAACGCAUCUCCUCUAUCAGCAUGACGUCCUCCUCCGGCGCCGCCCCCGAGCCCGCCAUCCGUCGGUCACAACUGAGCCACCCCGACAUCUCCUCGCUGUGCAAGCAGUGGGCGGCGCAGGGCCCCGCGAACGAGACGACGAAGUACAAACCCGAAGCCCCCCCGGAGCCGGACGACCGUCGCCCGCCGCGGGCCUUGGCCUCGAGCGCGCCGCGGUAG